AUGAUUGAUCCUUUCCCUCCACCACCGGCGUGGCUCGUCGAACUGGUCAAGCCGUACUGCGACGCCCUCUACCUUCCGACCUUACCGUACCAUAUCCAUGAAGUCCUAUUCUCAUUCAUCCUCUACCAGACGACACAGUCCAUCAUCUCUCCCGUCUUGUCGAACUUCCUGUUUCCGAACAUCUAUUCGAAGCUCACGCGGCGGACGCGCAUCAACUGGGAUGUGCAUGUUGUCUCGCUGGUGCAGUCAUGCUUGAUCAACACCUUGGCCCUAUGGGUGAUGUUCAAAGACAAAGAGCGAUAUGAUAUGCAGAACAAUGCGAUAGAACGAAUAUAUGGUUACACCGGUUCUUUGGGCCUUAUUCAAGCCUUUGCGACAGGAUAUUUUGUUUGGGACCUGGUCGUGAGCACUCGGUACCUCAAGAUCUUUGGACCUGGUAUCUGGGCUCAUGCUGUGACUGCACUUUCGGUCUUUUCUCUGGGCUUUAGGCCUUUUUGCAAUUACUACGGUCCAGUGUUUAUCCUCUAUGAACUCUCCUCGCCAUUUUUGAACAUCCACUGGUUCUGCGACAAGCUUAACAUGACUGGGUCCAAACUCCAAUGGUACAACGGCAUGAUACUCCUCGCCAUGUUCUUUUCUUGCCGGCUGCUCUGGGGCACUUAUCAGUCCCUCCGAGUAUACCAGGACGUCUGGCAUACCAUGCACCUGAACUCGACCGGCCCACUGAUACGAGAAAUCCAGAGCUCGGCGCAUUCCUCGAUCUUCGUUCCUCGGGAUGGUCAAUUGUGUCUAGGCGACCAGAGCUGUCUUGUCGCCCAGUCGGAGGUGAUGAAGUUUACUGGGUCGCAUACCAAGCCUAUCCCGCUGUGGCUGGCUGCCGUGUACUUGACUUGCAAUCUGGUGCUCAAUUCGCUGAAUUUCUACUGGUUUGGCAAGAUGAUUGAGACGGUGCGUAAGCGGUUCCAAGGCAAGCCUCAUGACGAGUUCCCCCGCGAGCGUCAUCAUGAGAGGAAGACUAGCGUGGUUGAGGAGAUGGCUACGGAGCUGGACUAUGAGACCAUGUCUGGGCCGAAGACACCGCUGGAGGAGAAGGACGAUGUUAUUGCCAGAAGCACGGCGGUGAGUGAUGGCUCGGCGGAGGUGAAGAAGCGCUAG